AUGCAUUCUUGCCAAAUCAUCUUAACAAUUCUCUACCUAAUCUGCUUCGUUUCUGCUUUUCCUCCAAAGAAAGACGCACAAGCGACGGGCAACCACCGAAACGACAUCAUCCCAACUGCGAUCACUUUGAAUGAUUUAAAAUCGUCUACUCUAACUUCUCACAUAUCUGACAAACACGACUGCCCAGGUCGUGCUCCUUUGCGACAUCUCUGCCUCCCGUGCAAGGCUCUUGUAUAUUCAUUUCGGUCAACACUGAACAAUUUUGCCUUGGUUCGAAAGGGAAUGAGUCGAACGUGCUCAAUCGUUUUACACCCUCAUAGCUAUAUAUGUAAAGCUGCAAUGGAAGUUUUUUUCUUGUUGAUGAGACAUACUUCAAAUGAAAGGAUCUGCCAGCAUUUGUUGGUCUGCGAACUAAAUGCACAUCACCGUAAAGUGAAAAGCCAUACACUGGAUCCAGUUGCGACCAAAGUCCUUCAGAUAUUCAAUGAAGGCUUAGUGACUAAACAGGAGGGACUAAAUCACCUGGAUGCUAGCGAAAAGGAAGAAAUUGCGGACAGAGUUAUAAACGAGUUGCUGGUGGCUUCUGGGUACUAUAUGUUCUCUAAAGUGUCUGAAAAUGCUCCUCGACAACUCUUCUCCCACCCUUUCAAAUGCUAA